GUGAGCUGUGAUUGGUCACAGCUUGUCACAUGGUACAAGGCUGUUGUGAAUAGCCUUGUACCAUGUGACCUCUGUGAUCAUUCACAGAUUUCACACGUAGUAAGCAAUGAUGUCACAAGUGACAUCUUGCUCACUACUUUGCAUGUGAUCACUGAUUCGCCAAUCAGUGAUCACAUGACCGGGACCUCGUACAGAGGUCCCUGUCAUUAGUACAGUGACCGUGUAUUUUGUUAUCACUAUAUAAGGCUGGCCAUACACUAUGCAAUUUUCUGCCCAAUUUCUGCCCAAUUUCCUUUAGAUUUACCUUCAACUAUGUAGUGCAAGAGCCUGCAUA